AUGACCGACAAUAUCCCCCUGCAACCCGUGAGGAGGCCGAAGAGGCACGACAGCAAACACAGGAACGGGUGCUGCCCGUGGUCACGAUGCUGUGGCAUCGGGGACUUCCGUCCCCGCACCGUGUGGCUCGGCCACCCAGAAAAGAGGGAGCAGCGGUACCCCAGGAAUGUCAUUAACAACCAGAAGUACAACUUCUUCACCUUCCUGCCCGGGGUGCUGUUCAAUCAGUUCAAGUACUUCUUCAACUUGUACUUUUUGCUUCUGGCCUGUUCUCAAUUUGUCGAGGAAUUACGCCUUGGUGCCCUCUACACCUACUGGGUCCCUUUGGGCCUUGUUUUGUUUAUCACCAUCAUGAGAGAAGCCGUUGAUGAAAUAAGAUGCUACCUCCGAGACAAAGAAGUGAACUCUCAGAUUUACAGCAAGCUGUCGAUGCGAGGCACAGUGAAGGUUAAAAGCAGCGGCAUUCAGGUCGGCGAUCUCAUAAUUGUGGAAAAGAACCAGCGUGUUCCUGCUGACAUGAUUUUUCUAAGGACCUCUGAAAGAAAUGGCUCCUGCUUCCUGCGCACUGACCAACUGGAUGGAGAGACAGACUGGAAAUUACGCCUCCCAGUGGCCUGUACGCAGAGACUGCCCACUGCCACUGACCUUCUUCAGAUCCGAUCUUAUGUGUAUGCCGAGGAACCAAACAUCGACAUCCAUAACUUCAUCGGAACGUUCACCAGAGAAGACGGAGACCCCCCGGUGAAUGAAAGCCUCAGCAUUGAGAACACCCUGUGGGCCAGCACUGUUAUUGCCUCUGGCACAGUGGUGGGGGUUGUGAUUUAUACAGGCAAGGAGCUGCGCAGUGUCAUGAACACCUCGAACCCAAGGCACAAGGUGGGUUUGUUUGACCUGGAGGUGAACUGUCUGACUAAGAUCCUGUUUGGGGCCCUGGUGGUGGUGUCGCUGGUCAUGGUGGCCCUGCAGCACUUCGCCGGACGUUGGUACCUUCAGAUCUUCCGCUUUCUGCUGCUCUUUUCUCACAUCGUCCCCAUCAGCCUGCGUGUUAAUCUGGAUAUGGGAAAGAUGGUUUUCAGCUGGAUGAUAAAGAAAGACUCCAAAAUCCCUGGGACGGUGGUGAGGGCGAGCACCAUACCCGAACAGCUUGGACGCAUCUCCUACCUGCUGACUGACAAAACAGGCACCCUCACUCAGAAUGAAAUGGUGUUCAGGCGGCUCCAUCUUGGAACGGUGGCGUACGGCAUGGACUCUAUGGAUGAAGUCCAGAGCCACGUUUUCAGCGCCUACACACAGCCCACCCAUGACCUCCCGGCCUCCCGCGCUCCGGCGGCCACAAAGGUCCGGAAAACCAUCAGCAGCAGAGUUCACGAGGCUGUGAAGGCCAUCGCCCUGGUGCACAACGUGACACCCGUGUACGAGGCCAACGGCGUCACAGACCAGGCUGAGGCCGAGCAGCACUACGAAGACACUUGCAGGGUUUAUCAGGCGUCCAGCCCAGACGAGGUGUCGCUGGUGCAGUGGACUGAGAGCGUGGGCCUCACGCUGGUGGGGAGAGACCAGUCCUCCAUGCAGCUGCGGACCCCUACUGGCCAAAUUCUGAACUUCACCAUCCUUCAGAUAUUUCCCUUCACCUAUGAGAGCAAGAGGAUGGGCAUCAUAGUGCGAGAUGAAUCAACAGGAGAGAUAACGUUCUACAUGAAGGGAGCUGAUGUGGUGAUGGCAGGCAUCGUCCAGUACAAUGACUGGCUGGAGGAGGAGUGUGGAAACAUGGCAAGAGAAGGUCUGAGGGUUCUGGUGGUCUCCAAGAAGUCUCUUACAGAGGAACAAUAUCAAGAUUUCGAGGCACGUUACGUCCAGGCCAAGCUCAGCGUCCAUGACCGCUCUCUGAAGGUGGCGACAGUGAUUGAGAGCCUGGAGAUGGAGAUGGAGCUGCUGUGUCUGACUGGGGUGGAGGACCAGCUCCAAACUGAUGUCAGGCCCACCCUGGAGAUCCUGCGCAACGCAGGCAUCAAGGUUUGGAUGCUGACCGGAGACAAACUCGAAACUGCGACAUGCACUGCUAAAAACGCCCAUCUGAUCACCCGCAACCAGGACAUCCACAUCUUCAGACCCGUGACAACACGAGGGGAAGCCCACCUGGAGCUCAACGCCUUCAGAAGAAAGCACGACUGCGCCUUGGUGAUAUCGGGCGACUCGCUCGAGGUUUGCCUGAAAUACUACGAGUAUGAGUUCAUGGAGCUGGCAUGUCAGUGUCCCGCUGUGGUCUGCUGCCGAUGCACCCCCACGCAGAAGGCUCAGAUAGUCCGGCUGUUGCAGGAGCGCACGGGCAAACUCACCUGUGCUGUAGGGGACGGAGGAAACGAUGUCAGCAUGAUCCAGGAAGCGGACUGUGGCGUGGGAGUGGAAGGAAAAGAAGGAAAGCAGGCCUCUUUGGCUGCCGACUUCUCCGUGACUCAGUUCAAACAUUUGGGCCGUCUCCUCAUGGUCCACGGUCGGAACAGCUACAAGAGGUCUGCGGCCCUCAGCCAGUUCGUCAUCCACAGGAGCCUGUGCAUCAGCACCAUGCAGGCGGUUUUCUCCUCUGUUUUCUAUUUUGCCUCCGUCCCACUCUACCAAGGAUUCCUGAUUAUUGGUUACUCCACCGUCUACACCAUGUUCCCAGUGUUCUCCCUGGUUUUGGACAAAGAUGUCAAGUCGGAGGUCGCCAUGUUGUACCCAGAAUUGUAUAAAGAUCUCCUGAAGGGUCGUCCGCUGUCUUUCAAGACAUUUUUAAUAUGGGUUUUAAUAAGUAUCUAUCAAGGGAGCAUCAUCAUGUACGGCGCCAUGCUGCUCUUCGAGUCGGAGUUCGUCCACAUUGUGGCCAUUUCCUUCACCUCCCUCAUCCUGACCGAGCUGCUGAUGGUGGCCCUGACCAUCCAGACGUGGCACUGGCUCAUGAUCGUCGGCGAGCUGCUGAGCCUGGCGUGCUACGUCGCCUCGCUCGUGUUCCUGCACGAGUUCAUCGACGUGUACUUCAUCACCACGGUGUCGUUCCUGUGGAAGGUGACGGUCAUCACCCUGGUGAGCUGCCUGCCGCUCUACAUCCUCAAGUAUCUGCGCAGACGCUUCUCUCCGCCCAACUACUCCAAGCUCACAUCCUAAAGAGAACGGCAGAGGAGGGGGAAAAAGAAAAGUUUACUGCGGCAUCAGACUCGGAUUCAUCCCCUUCAGCUCGGUGUGAAGCUAUCGAGACGUUACAGGGACAGAUUGCUUUUGUUAGUUCAACGGCAGUGUUAAUUCUCCAUGUGUUUGAUGCAAGGACUAACUCAUAAAAACUAAAGAUUGAUAUUCAGUAGAACCAUGUCAAGUGAACUGGAGGUAGCAUUCCCACUCAGGACCUGAUUCACUUUCUCCUCCAACACUGAUUUCUAAAAGGAGUUUGAGAAUCAUACA